AUUAUGUAUACAAAUUCAUAAAGUUACACCUCGCUUUGAAUAAAACACAAUUUGGUGGCACAGCAAGUGAAGCAAAACUCAGGUUGUUCGUCGAGUACCCUCCAGCAUUAUUCUUCAGGAAUUGAAGGAAAACUCAAAUUGCUCGCCGAGUCCUCAAGCAUUAUUCUUCAGGCACGUUGAGAUGAAAUCAAACAUGGGCAUUCAUAAGGUGUCUGAAACUGUUGAAAGACUAUGGAACGGAUGGGAGCUUCGCAUGGUGAUGUUGCCCAGUCUCUUUCUUCAAAUUGUUCUUAUAAUCUUUGGGCGUAGACGAAAGUAUACAGCAGGAUUCUGGCUCGGAACUCUUGUUUGGUUAGCAUACUUGUCAGCAGAUUGGGUGGCAACAUUUUCAUUGGGUAUCUUGGCUCAAAAGCUUGGAGAUUCAGAAACGAAUUGUAUAAAUUCAAAUCGAGGAUUGAUCCCGGCAUUUUGGGCACCGGUCCUCCUUGUGCACCUCGGUGGCCCGGACACUAUCACCGCAUAUUCAAUGGAAGACAACGAAUUGUGGUUAAGACAUCUGUUGGUGCUAGGAAGCCAAGUUGCUGUGGCUUUUUAUGCCUUUUCGAGGUCAUGGUGGAGUAAGGAUCCUCUGUUAUUUGUAGCCAUUCCCAUCUUUGUUGCUGGAAUUAUUAAAUAUGGAGAAAGGAAUUUGGUUCUGAGGUCAGCAAGCUCGGAGCAGUUCAGGAGUUCAGUAUAUAGUGAGAUGAAUGAACUACGUCGCAAAUUUGGUGAAUUUUCAAACUCUGAGUUGUUUGGAAUGACUGCUGAACGACUGACUGAAAGACUAGGCUUGAGAGACAUAAUACCUGAGGCUAAAUUUCUCCAUGAGGCAAAAUUGUUUUUUCAGAUGUUCAGAGUACUAUUUGCAGAUCUUGUUCUUGCCGAUUCUAAUCAUUUGGCUACUCAUAUUAUCCUAAUAGACAAGAAAGCAACGGAAGCCUUCAAAUUAAUUGAAGUUGAGAUGGGAUUUAUGUACGAUGUGCUUUAUACGAAGGUGACGAGGGUUUGUUCGUCACGCAUCAUUUUUCGUGCUAUCAGCUUCUUAUGUUUUGUUUCUGCACUACUUGCCUUCUCACUAGGUAUGUCCAGAAACAACCAUGCCUAUUUAACAACUGAAAUAACCAUAUCAUACUUCUUGUUGGUCGGAGCCAUCAUUUUUGAGAUUUAUUCAGUAGUUUUGGUUCUUUUCUCUGACUGGGCAAUGCUCUGGCUUAGUGGGCAAAAGAAGCCAUUUUUCAAUUCUGUGUAUCAAACUAUUUCACGAUUCCUGUCAUUUCUUCACAGUGACAAAAGGUGGGCAAGAUCAAUGGCACAACACAACCUGAUAAAAUCUCAGUUAAGUGAAAACUCCUUGACCUGCAUUUCUCUUAAGAAGUUGCUUGGGAAAAGCCACAUUCUUAGUUGGGAGGAUAUCAGUGAUGAUUUGAAACAUUUGAUCUUCCAACAUCUCCUAGAUAAACGUACAAGAUAUAGUUAUCAGAUGCGCUAUCAUGAUCCAGGAAAGAAUGAUUUACAUGAGAUAUUAUCAGAGAGAGGUGAUCAGGUGAUCGGAAGAGAGGGAUGCCUUGAAAAAAUUGGUGGGAGUGUGAAAUCUUCAGAUUUUAAUGACAGCCUCCUUACGUGGCACAUUGCUACCGAUAUUUGUUACCAUGAUGAUGUCCGAAAAAAGGGUCAUCCAGACACCAAAAUGAGCAUAUCGUUAUCCAAUUACAUGGUGUAUCUUCUGCGUGAUUGCCCCUUUUUGCUACCUAGAGGGAUCGGUAAAGAAAGGUACACCCAAACCUGCAGCGAUGUCAACAAGCAUUCUGAAUUAUUGCGCAAUAUCACCUCUGGUCGAAAUAAUUCAUGGGAUUCCUAUAACACUAUUUUGCAACUUGAAGAUAGCUCGGGUAAAGUGUCGGUGCUGUGCGCUGGUUUCAAGCUUGCCAAGUCAUUGCAGUCACUUGAGACACAGGAUGGUUGGGAAAAUAAACGAAAGUGGGAGAUGAUAAGCCAGGUUUGGGUAGAAAUGUUAACGUAUGCUGCAAGUCAUUGUGGAUGGAAAGAGCAUGCUCAAGCACUUACACGAGGUGGGGAGUUACUCACUCAUGUUUGCCUUCUCAUGGCUCAUCUUGGCUUGAGUGAGCAAUGCUUAACCAAUUGAUGCUGCCUACAUAUGUACCCGGAAAGUCCUUUGAAUGAUCUUGUUUUAACUUGCAGUCAUUUUUAUUUUCCUCCUCCGUCUUUGACUUCUGGACUAGAUUAAGUUUUGAGUUCUUAUUUUAAUUAUCAGGAUGUUAUUUGGUUUUGAGUGUGCAAGUGUGACUUUGUUUUCUCUUAAUAAUGUUGUUUAAGAAUCAAUUUUAAUA